GGUUAAGUUGACACCUUGGUCAGGUACCAUCAGGACCAGUCGAUAAACAAUUCCUAGGGCUUGUUAAAGAAAACUACCACGGGCGUACGGUUACAGCAGAUAUUCUCGGUCCUUUUCUCUUCUUGCUUUGACUGCAUAUCAUCCAUCCCUAGCUAGCUGUACUAACCUUCAACCAUCGCAUCCUUCCUCUCUAUAAAAGGCCAACCACCCCCACACCCUGCUUCCCCUCUCCUCUUCAGCACAUUCUUCUUCCUAGCUUGCAGACUGAUUGACCGAGAGCAUCACACGCACGACCAAUCGAACUGUGUAUAGCUUGUAGGAGAAAUCUCACAGCAUGAGCUGCAGAAGAACCAGUGCAAUGAGUCUUCUUGUAGCUGUCCUACUCAUCGUCUCCUUGCUCACUCUGCACGCCCCUGUCGCCAGUGCUCGCCACGUUGUCGUGCUGAACCCAAACAAUGGACUGAACAGCGAAGGAGAUACUAAGAACCUCGCGAAGGUGCUGGCCUCGGCGUCGACCGAUGAAUCAGCUGCCGCCAGCAAGGGAUUCUCAGGGCGGAAGCUUGGUGCGCCGAACAAAGAAGAAACCAGAGCCACCAUGGGAGCGACGGCGACUUCAGCAGGCUGGCGGCCGCGGACGGUGGAGAUGCGCACGGCGAGGAGGCACGGCGACGCGGCCGCCGAGUUGUACGACAUGCUCCGGAGGGACUACGCGUGGAGGGCGAGCCGCCGCCGGCCGAUCAACAACGGCGCCACGCCGUUUCAGGUGAAGAAGCCCUAGAUGUAGCAAGGCUUCCGGGCACUUGGCCCUGGCCCCUGGGCAUGAUAGUUCGAUCGGUACAUAUAGUUAGAGCUAGCUUAGCAGCUCCUUCAGGGAUUUAGUUGCUAGUCCUAGGUGAUUAGGAGAGUCAGUAAACUUAGUUGCCUAUACUGAAUAAUGCCAUCCGGCCACAAGCCUUGAUCUAGCCUCCAAGCUGGAACAACCUGUUUAGCCCAGACUGCAAUAGCAUGAAUCGUAUUCAUGUGCAGAUGGGCAAUUUUGUCACUGGUGUUCCUGCUUGUUGAGGAUAGAUGCCAUGUAGUGUGUAUACAUCUGCACCAGUAUCAGAUUUGCAGGUGUGCUCAUAUGCUUGUAAGUUGUAACUGUUUCGAUGAUUUACAUAGCAGCCAUUCGGCCUCCUGGGAAGUUCGUCUA